UGUGAUUUUUAAGUGAAACUAUCUUUUGCUGCGGACACAGUUUGAGCGCCAAACCUGUUGCUGUGUCGUGGAUCUCGCUUUUUUUCUUCUUCUUUUACAAAUAAUGUCGGACUCUGUCAAAAAUGUCGCGAUCUUUGGAGCCACGGGAAUGACCGGGCUGGCGACUAUGCCGCAGGCGGUGGCUGCAGGAUACAAUGUGACAGUGCUGGUGCGGGACCCCACCAAGCUGCCUGCCGACCACAAGGCGUCCAGAGUGGUGGUGGGAGACGUACUUAAUAAAGAGGAUGUAAAGAAGACCUUGGAAGGCCAGGACGCUGUCAUCAUCAUCCUGGGCACCAGGAACGAUCUCAGCCCGACCACCGUGAUGUCUGAAGGCACCAAAAACAUUGUUGAAGCCAUGAGGGCUCGUGGGAUCAGCAAAGUGAUCGGCUGCAUGUCAGCCUUCCUGCUGUGGGACCGCUCCAAAGUCCCACCCCGUCUAAUUCCUGUGACAGAGGACCAUGACAGGAUGUACACAGUGCUGAAAACAUCAGGGCUGGACUACGUGGCCGUCAUGCCUCCUCACAUUGGUGGCGACCUUCCCCUGACAGAGAAAUACAUGGUGGCAGAGAACAUGGUAAGAGGAAGAGCCAUCUCUAAACAUGACCUGGGACAUUUCUUUGUCAAGUGUCUGUCCACCUCAGAGUGGGACAGCAAGACUGUUGGACUGUGGGGAGAGUAUAAAUAAUCCUGAACAACACACUGCUGUCACUGACUGCCAUUUUUUUUAUUUCUACUAAAUCACACUGAAGAGGGAGUAUUUCGCCAAACUACUAAUGUGUGGUGAUAAACCACAAAUGCUUUCCUGCAUUCACCUGUAUGAUCAUGACGGAGCAGCUUUUACUUGGCAUUAUUAUAUUUUUAUACUAAUUUUAUCAUCAGCAGUUACCAGGUUACAUUUUAAGACAUGUGUCAGUGUAAUGAUGCUUUAGGUCUUUGCAUUGCUUUACACACUCUGCCUUUUCACAUAAACAAUCUUUACAUACUGAAGGUUUUGUUUCCUAUCGUUGGACAUUUUGUCAUGUGAUGCCGCCUGUCAAUGCUCCGAUUUACAGUAUGCAGUUUUUAUAGCUGUUGAAAAUAAAAGACUUUAUUGUACAAAA